GCAGCAACAGCAGCAGCAGAGAGCAAAAGCCGGUGUUGACAGUCAGACUCAGAGCAGAGACACAAAGAGAGGCGGCAGCAGCUGGCCAGUGUUGAGAGGCAGUGGCAGCGUCGAAAGCCGCGUGGCUCUGGCAACCAAACAAAAUAAUUCUUGUUGACUUCAGCGAAAAGUGGCAAGUGCUGCGCUGGCUCUCUCGCUUGCUCGCUGGCUUCGCCUCUGGUGUGGGAACAACGGGAAUAGCAACAGUCGUUAGUCAGCAUUGCCAGCCAAAGGGUCAAGUUUAUUUUUAUACCUCGUCUUCUUGUGCAAAAUAUCAAAACUAUAAAAAAAAAGAAGCAGAAAAUGAUCAAAUUAAUGCUGACGCUGCCGCUGCUGCUGGCAACAUUGCUGGCCCAGUCGCCGCUGAGUGACGCCAUCUCUUGUGCAGGCUGCGUGGACCUCGACGAGAUCAAUUUCGAUAAGACAAUUGCGCGUUUUCCCUACGCUUUGAUCAAAUUCGAUAUUGCUUUUCCGUAUGGAGAGAAACACGAAGCUUUUGCCGCAUUCUCCAUGGCGGCGCAUAAAGCAACCGCAGAGCUUUUGGUGGCCACCGUUGGCAUCAAGGAUUACGGCGAGCUGGAGAAUAAAGCGCUCGGAGAACGCUUUAAGUUGGAUGAGAAACAAUUGCCGGGCAUAUUUCUCUUUACGGGCAGCAGCGAAAAUUAUCUACAAUUUCCGGCACAUUUGGAUGUUACCCUGGAUAACCUCAAAUCGUUUGUGAGCAGCAAUACGCCGCUUUACAUUGGACGCGAUGGUUGCCUCAAGGAAUUCAACGAUGCCAUCCGCAAUUAUGCCAACAAACCGGAUAACGAGCAGCUGGCAGUGAUCAGCGAGAUGCAGUUGAAGGCAGCGGAACUCAGUUUGCCCCAGGAGCAGCAAAAUGCCAAGGUUUACCUGGUGUACAUGCGAAGGAUCAAUGAGCACGGCUACAAUUUUGUCGAGCAGGAAACGAAGCGGCUGCUUCGACUUCGGGCGGGCAAAGUGACAACUGCCAAAAAGUUGGAGCUGCAGCAGAAGCUCAACAUUCUGGAGGCAUUCCGUGUCCACAAGCUGACCAAGUCACCCAAAGUGGAACUCUAGACCGGCAAACAUCUAUUAGCAAAUUCGUAUAAUAAAAACUAAACAAACCUUUACCAAA